AUGCCUCCCAUCUAUCAUCUCAAUCCGCCGCCAAAUCCCUUCUGGGACUUUGUGGCCGUUCUUGAAGACCACCCCUUCUUCGCUCAGCAACGCCCCAAUUUUGCUCCCGGUGCCCCUCAAAGACCUGGUAGAGAGCAAGCCCGAUCGCAGCCAAACACAGCCUCUGCUGCGGCCGAGGCGAGCGGCAAUGCCAACAGCAAGCCAGCCGAUGUGAAUGUCGAGGAUCCACCAGAAGUCGAUCCCUCUACCGUCCGACCAGAACGUACGGACAGUCAUCAACAAGGCAUGCCGUUCCGUGGGCGUGGACGGUUUGGAAAUGCCUUCCCGACCGAAGAUGGCGACGAAAACCGCGGCGACGGCUGUCCUGGCCGUUCAAGGCACCGUCACGGUCGACCACACCAUCACCACCAUCGACGCCAUGGCAAGGGCAGACGCCGCAGUCGAAGCUCUUCCUCGAGCUCAAGUUCUAGCUCCAGCUCCGACGACAAUGACAGAGCCAGAGAGAACAAUGCCUGGACACCCUUCGGUGGCAGAUGGUGGCGUAACCGCGGCCCACCUGGUGGUCCUUGGAGAGGCGGUCCUACAUUUGGUCCUCCGCCAUUCAUGGCUGCCGGUAGUCGCGGGCCAUUUGCUGGACACCCUAAUCCAGCUGCAUUCAUGGGCAUGGGCGGGCCUCGUGGUGGGCGAGGCGGCCUACAUCAUCAUCAUCAUCCUCCUCAUCCUCAUGGUCCACACCCACGGGGCCCCCCUUCAUUUGGCCCCGAGCACGGCCGGACUGGAGGCUUCAACUUGAACGCCUUCCUGAACGACCUAGGAGAGCGUAUUGGCGUCGAUCUGUCCACCGCCGCUGAAGGACUGGGUCUGAAGCCGCACCGAUCGUCAGACGCCGACUUUGAACCAAGAACCGACAUUUUCGAUGCUGACAAAGAGUACACCAUCCAUAUUUCACUUCCUGGAGCCAAGAAGACCGACUUGGGGGUUGAGUAUGACGGCGAACACUCCCUGCUUCGAAUCACCGGCGUCGUCCAUCGACCCGGUGUUGACGAGGAGAUGAUGACCAAAUUGGUGGUGGACGGCAGAAAGCGCGAGACUGGGGUUUUCGAAAAGGUGGUUCAUCUCGGGACUCCUCGAGACCCCGCCAAGGUUGACGUCCAAGGCAUAACCGCGAAGAUGGUCGACGGCGUCCUCGUCGUCCGCGUGCCCAAGGCCGACCAACCAUUUGAGCACAAAACGGUCAACGUCUCGUCCUCGCCGGAGAUCCCAGUCGAACAUCCCGACGAAGUGUACGCCACCGAACGAGACCUCCUUUUCGACGCUGAGGAACAAGCAGAGAACGACCACCCGAUGCACGACGCAUACACGGCGAACGACCUCCCGCACUCCCCCGCUGGCCAGCCGUACCCUGCAAAGGCGUCCAUCAGUAGCAGCAGCGGCGGCGACAGUGCCAACGGCAAGCGCAAGGAAGCCGAGGUCGAGCGCCAACGUGAGCGCUCGACAACUUUGGACUUUGAACAAGCCAACGAGACAGUCGAGACUCUACCUCGCUACGAGGCCGAGGAUACCAGCGUCCACAGCGGUCACGCAAAGCAUGACGACGACGACAAUGACGGCAUGAGUGACUGGGAAAAGGACGGGUCCGAUGCGGACGAAGGCGAGUACGUCAAGAUCAACGUCGACUGA